AUGCUCUUCAGAGGUGUCAUCGUAUGCGCCUCUUUGACUGUGGCUUUCGCCGUUCCCUACCAUAACUACACUCGCUGCGCCAACCAGUACAGCUCGACUCAGCUUCAAGCAAUUGAAGCGCAGUACACCCAAGACAUUGCUGCUGCUGAAACCUCUGGAAGUUUCCAGCGUACAGCCGCAACUUCUACUAUCUCUGGGGAGUCUUCUCUAGCCCCCAAGCAAUGCCGGACCAUCAGAGUUGCUUGGCACAUCAUCUAUGAGUCUGAGACCGUACCAGGGGGGUACAUAAGCGACAAGGCGGUGAAAGACUCUAUCGAUGCAAUUAACAAACAUUAUGGAGCAACGGAAUUUCGGUUUGUUCUCGAUCGUACGACCCGUACAAAGAAUAAGGCAUGGUUCAACAAAGUUGAUGUUCGCUCCCCUUUGCAAGACGAUAUGAAGAAGCAGCUUCAUGUUGGCGAUGCACGCACAUUAAACGUCUAUACUGUCAACUUCCAAAAUUCCGACACGCUUGGAUAUUCCCCGUAUCCACAAUUCUACGCGCAGGCACCAUGGGACGAUGGGGUGGUCAUCAAGCAUAUCACUGUGCCUGGAGGAGCUGCCGUUGGCUUCAACGAAGGCAAGACCUUGACGCACGAAGUUGGCCAUUGGCUUGGCCUAUUACACGUAUUCAAUGAAGACAAGAAAUGCGCUGAUUGGGAUUUCGUAUCUGACACGCCCGUGCAAUCAACCUGGACGGACGGAUGCCCCACGUCAAAGGAUAGCUGCAAGGACCUCCCUGGGAAGGAUUCGAUUCACAAUUUCAUGGACUACAGCACCGACGUUUGUUUGACAGAAUUUACGCCUGGGCAGAUUGCUCGAAUGUAUACGCAUUGCGCUAACCAAUACAACUCGACGCAGCUUCAAGCACUAGAGGCACAAUAUACGCAAGACCUCGCAGCUGCCGAAGCCUCCGGAAGCUUACAGCGUAUAACAACACCCUCUACUCUCUCUGGUGGAUCCUCUUUAGUAUGCCGACCCAUCCAAGUCGCUUGGCAUAUCAUCUACGAGUCCGAGACUGUGCAAGGAGGAUAUAUGAGCGACAAGGCGGUGCAAGACUCGAUCGAUGCACUCAACGGGCAUUACAGAGGGACUGAAUUUAGGUUCCUUCUCGAUCGUACAACCCGCACGAAAAAUAAGACAUGGUUCAACGACGUCGACGGGGAUUCUCCUUUGCAAGACGACAUGAAGAAGCAGCUCCAUGUCGGCGAUGCGCGCACGCUCAACGUCUAUACUGUCAACUUUCCAACUGCCAAGUCCCUGGGAUAUGCACCAUAUCCUCAAUUCUACGCGCAAGCACCAUGGAACGAUGGGGUAGUAAUCAAGCAUAGCUCUGUGCCCGGAGGAGCUGCUGUUGGCUUCAACCAAGGCAAAACGUUAACACACGAAGUUGGCCAUUGGCUUGGCUUACUACACGUGUUCAAUGAGGACGGAAAAUGCGUUGACUGGGAUUUCGUGUCCGACACGCCCGUGCAAUCAACCUGGACGGAAGGGUGCCCCACGUCAAAGGAUAGCUGCGAUGGUCUUCCUGGGGAAGACUCAAUUCACAACUUCAUGGACUACAGCAUGGAUGUUUGUUUGACGGAAUUCACGCCUGGGCAGAUUGCUCGAAUGCAUGCGCAGUCCGAUCUUUAUCGCAAAAUCUCCCGAGGAUUCUGUCCAUGGGAUUGGCCAUUUCUUGGUUAA